AUGUUUGCGAACGUCCGGGACGCCGCAGUGCCGGUCGCAGUGCCGAGCGGCGGUCUCCCGGCUCUGCGGGCCACCACGCGGGCGCGCCUCUGGACCUUCCCGGCGCUCGGGCACCGCUUCGGCCCGCCCGAGCAGGCAGCGAGGGUGCUCGUCAGCCCGGCCGGCGAGCCCUUCCGCACGGCUGCCGCUGCGGCCGAGGCCGGCCGCGUGGAGGUCGAGACGGUGGCGGAGGAGGCGGAGGCGGCUGGCGAGGCGGAGGGCGAGGAGGAGGAGGAGGAGGAGGAGGCGGAGGCGGCUGGCUCAGCGGACAGCUCUACCGCCUCGCCGCAACAGACGCCGCUUCCGCCGCACAGGGAGGCUGCACCCGCCGCGCCGCUCGUGACAGAGGCGGAGGGGCUGCGCUUGCACCUCUCCAGCAGCAGCAGUACCGGGUACAGAGGCGUGUGGGAGCAGUACCCUGGAACCUUCGUGGCGCGGCACACGGUGGACGGGAGGCUCUGCCGCCUCGGCAGCUUCGACACGGCGGUGGAGGCGGCGGUGGCGUACGCGAAGGCGGCUGGCGAGGCGGAGGGCGAGGAGGAGGAGGAGGAGGCGGAGGCGGAGGCCGCGGGCUCAGCGGACAACACUACCGCCUCGCCGCCGCCUCCGCCGCCUCCGCCGCACAGGGAGGCUGCACUCGCCGCGCCGCUCGUGACAGAGGCGGAGGGGCUGCGCUUGCACCUCUCGAGCAGCAGCAGCACCGGGUACAAGGGCGUGUGGGAGGGAGGGAGGUACUCCUGCCGCUUUUGCGGCGCUGGCAAGCUGCAGCCUGCCUCCAAGUGCCCCUGCUACGGAGGCCGUUCGCUCGCGGCGGAGGAGGAAGGGGAGGCGGAGGCGGAGCCGGGGGAGGCUGUCGGGGGCCUGCAACUCCACCGGUCCAGCCGCAGCAGGACCGGUUUCAAGGGCGUGAUCUGGCAAGACGGCAUGGCAAAACGGCCAUUCACUGCGCAGCGCUAUGAGGGCAAAAGAGCCACCUACCUCGGCUCGUUCGGCACAGCGGUGGAGGCGGCGGUGGCGUACGCGCGCGCGGAGGCGGAGGCGGAGGCGGAGGCGGAGGCGGAGGCGGAGGCGGAGGCGGAGGCGGAGGCGGAGGCGGAGGCGGAGGACCCUUCCCUCCGCUGCGAGGAGGCGCCGGCGGAGCGCCGUUGCAGCAACGUGCUCGACUCCCAGGGCGGCGCGUUUGGGUGCCUGCUGCCCGCGGGCCACGCAGGCGCGCACGAGUUCGCGCAGCCGGCCAAGCGCGCGCGGAAGAGCUCGUGGAAGGCGGCGGAGGGGAGGCGGUCGGAGCCAAAGGGGCAGGGCGGCGUCUCGCGGAACGGGCCGGCGUGGACGGAGCAGGAGGGCGCGCAGCUCAUGCAGCUGGUGAGCGUGCACGGCCGCAAGUGGAAGGUCAUCGCCGAGUCGAUACCCAACCGGACGCACGACGCGCUGAAAAACCGGUACGAGCGGCUUCUCAAGCUGACCGAGAACGGCGGCUCGCGGGCAAACGGGCACGCGGCGAGCGAGUCUGCGGACGGGAAGCAGCACAUCCCGCCGGGGGCGAUCUUCGUGCCCGCGUCGGCGGAUGACAUGAACCUGUGA